AUGUCUAGAGCCCAGCCGUACAGAAAAACAAACCUACGCUCUCUGCUGAAGGAGUUUCGUACGGACAUCGCCAUGGCAGUGCAUGACCCCUUUCCCCUCAUCUAUGGCUUGGUGGACAAAAGCGUAAUCAGUGACCUGCAACUGAAGGAGUCUAUGGAAAAACAGGCUGGAGAAGGCAUCCACAAGGCCAUGUAUUCCCUUGUGUCCUGGAUUCUGGAGCAGGGCAGAUCCAAAGUGGAGGAUUUCUGGGAAUGCUUGAAUAAAGACUACAAUCUGGACAGUUACCCAAGGCUACGGACACUGUUGACCAAUCUGAAACUCAGGAUAAAAACUCUAGCUUCAAGACUGGAAACACAGUCCCCUGAAGGCCAUAGCAAAAGAAAGAAAAGAAGCCAUGAAAACAAAAAGACAGCUACAACAGCACACGGCCAGUAUUCACAUUACCAAGCCAGAACUACUGACAGACCAGGGGGGAAAGUCAAAUUAUUAAGAGUGAAGAACGAAGCUCUUCUUUCCCAACAGCCUUCAAAUACUAUACGUGGGAUUAGCGCAGUACAAGAAGCCCCAUUAUCCUCAGCAUCCACCAGUAAACAACUGCCCAGCCUCAAAUCCAGAGAAAAGACUCCUGGAUCAGAUGGCACCUCUUUGAAACACGUAAAAGUUGGGGAGAACAACUACUACUCAUGCAGUGUGCCUAGUUUUGCAACCAAAUGUAAAACUGCAAGUGCGACAUUGAGCCACAAGGGGGAGUCUUUCAGUGUCAAGGGACACUAUAAUGAUGACGAGUGCGCGGUGUGCAAGGACGGAGGAGAGCUGAUCUGCUGCGAUGGAUGCCCACGUGCUUUCCACCUCAGCUGCCUGAACCCCCCUCUCACAUCCAUACCAGGAGGCACGUGGCAGUGUGAUUUGUGUUGUGGGAAGAUAGUGAAAAAAGAGGAAGCUCCGCGAGUGACACAACCCUUUACUCCCCAGACCCAGCAGACAACACCACAUUUCCCUUUACUAUCGUCCCUCUCUCUCAGUACAACAGAUGUCAACACAAAGGAACCCAACCAGUGCUCAGAGCCAGCCGUGGAAAUUUGUGGAGUUUGUCAUCUUGGUGGAGGAGACCUGACACUGUGCCUCCAAUGUUUAAAGCGCUACCACAUGAACUGCAAUUUCUCCAAAGGCAGGUCUGUCUGCUCGUCAUGCUCCAAAUCAUGGGUUGGCUCCACUGAGGGGGAGGCUAAGUGUCUGCAGAUCACUUCUGCAACUCAAAAUACACAAAGCCAGAACCAAACUUCCACUGAACCUGAUGGCAUUCUCCAUAGCUCUGAACUGGACUCAAUCCUGGCUGAUGCCUCCUUUGAUGGCAUCUUACAGUGGGCCUUUCAUAGCAUCUCCAGACCCCUCCAUGACUCUCAAGGCUGCUUCCAGUGAUAGACCACCGGACCUGCAUGCAUCAACAAAAACAUCUAUAAGCACAGAUAAGGCUAGAUUACAUGCAGGGUCAAUGUACUGUUCACGGCAGGCUAUGGUAAAUGAAUAGUAUGAAAAGAACAGACAGACCUCACCAUAGCAAAGACAUGUUUUUAUUUAACCACUAU